AGGGGACGAGCAGAGGGGAGGGGAGACCCGUCGCCUCCCUCCUUCGCUCGCUGACUCGCUCCCUCCCGGGCUGCGGCUGCUGCAACGGGGCGGCGGUGGCAGCAGCAGCGGGAGCAGUCUAGAAGCCGGCGUCGAGGAUUGCUGCUGUCUCUGCUGCUCCAGGCUCUCCCUCGAGAUCCUCUCCUCUCUCCCCUCUCAAGAUGGCAGCCAGCGGCUCUGAGGGCUCAGAGAUGAAGGGGAUAGAAGAGGGUCCCCAAACCCAAGGAGAAGGGCCUGGCCAUUCUGAAGCCGAAACUGGCCCUCUCCAGGUCCCAACUGGGGUCCCAGAUGAGCCAGAGGGCCUGCAGCGGGGCCCAGACAUCACUGGGGCCCCUGUGGACUCAGAAGCCAAAGCUGGGCUGGCCCCAGAAACCACAGAGACCCCAACUGGGGCCCCAGAAACAGCCCAGGCCAAAGACCUCAGCUCAAGCCCAGGAGGGGAACCAAAUGCCAACCCCAGCCCCGAAGAAGCAUGCCAAGAGCCAGCACCCAAACCAGAAGUGAAUAAAGAGGUCACUGCAGACCAGGGGUCCGAUCUGGGGUCUGCAGCCCCACUUGAGCCAGCCUCAGAGUCUGCUCCCCAGUUGGACCCCCAGUCAGACUCCCAGCCAGACUGCCAGCCAGGUUCCCAGCCCACCCCCAAGUCAGCUCUUCAGCCCGAGCCCCCUACCCAGGAGGACCCCACCCCUGAGGUCCUGACUGAGAAUGUGGGGGAAAAGCAAGAGAAUGGGGCAGUGGUGCCCCUGCAGGCUGGGGGCGAGGAAGAGGGCCCAGCCCCGCAGCCUCACUCGCCACCCUCCACAAAAACCCACCCAGCCAAUGGGGCUCCUCCCCGAGUGCUGCAGCAGCUGGUGGAGGAGGACCGACUAGGAAGGGCUCACAGUGGGCAUCCAGGAUCUCCCCGAGGUAGCCUGAGCCGCCACCCCAGCUCCCAGCUGGCAGGGUCUGGGGUGGAGGGGGGUGAAGGCAGCCAGAAACCUCGGGACUACAUCAUCCUCGCCAUUCUGUCCUGCUUCUGCCCCAUGUGGCCUGUCAACAUCGUGGCCUUCGCUUAUGCUGUCAUGUCCCGGAACAGCCUGCAGCAGGGGGACGUGGAUGGGGCCCAGCGUCUGGGCCGCGUGGCCAAGCUCUUAAGCAUCGUGGCGCUGGUAGGGGGGGUCCUCAUCAUCAUCGCCUCCUGCGUCAUCAACUUAGGCGGUGAGUGGGGGUCUGGGACAGGCUGGGAGGAAUGGAAGGGUUGGCAAGGGCAGCUUUACUAACCCCUGCCCCUGCUCUCUCCUGUCUGUCCUCCCUACUUCUCCUUUGUCUCUCCUUGUCUCUCCCCCCACCGUCUCUGUCUGUCCCUCCCUCUCCUCUCCCACAGUGUAUAAGUGAGGGGUUCUGCCCCGCAUUCCAAGACUUUUCUUCCUGUUGGGAGCUGCCUUGGGCCCAUCUUCCCCUGGGGGGAGCCCAAUCGAUGGCCCAGGCCCGCACCCAUAGGGACCAAGGGAGCCUGAGCGGCCUUGUUUACAGCUUCUUUCCUGCUCCUGCAUCCUGCCGGGCUCCUGUGCCAACCGUAGGCCUCUCUUCUCCCUGCACUGUUUCCAACCUCCCUGCACUUCUGCCUGCAUCCUUUCCAGCCUCUUGGCCUCCCUAUCCCUGCACUUCUGGAAACCUCCCUGCACUUCUGGAAAUCUCCCUGACCUGAACGUCUCCCAAACUCUCUCUGCUCUCAGCCUCCCUGCAUCGAUCCCAGCCUCCCUGCACUCCCUCCUCCCAACUUCCCCAAUUCCUUGCACCUCAGCCCCGGUGUCCCCCUUUCAACUUUCACUGUCUUGGCAUCUUCCCCCAUUCCUUUCUUCCUUCUCCCCUUUAUCAUCUCCCCUUCCCCCUCCACACCCUCUGCCCCCUUCCUCUUCCUGCCUCCUCUCCCCUCAGGAUCCUCUCCUCCUCCCUCCUGCUACCGUCUUCUCUGCAAAAACUCCAGCACUUAGAUCAGGCUGGGGGAGGGGAGCGGUGUCAGGGGAGGGCUCCUCAGCCCGGGUUACGACUAUUUUCUGUUGGGACCACCCAGGUCCUGACGCCCCCAGGGCGCCUCUGGGUCGCAGAGCUGGCAAGCCAGGCCUUGUCUGGGGACUUGUGCGGGGUGUCGUGCACUGUUGCUAGCUCUGUUCUGAGCAUGCACCUGGGAGGAGGAAGGGCGCGGCUGUUGACCCUUUCUGAUCAGCUGACCUGCCCCACCUGGGCUUUUAAACCGCUCGGCGAGUUUCUUAAAGGCGUCGGGGCUGGGGUCAUUCACGGGCUUUGUAACGGAAGAACCCCGAAAUAGGACCAAAGCUCCCAGAUGCAGGGAGCGAGGGAGGGGCGGGGAGCUCUAUAAUUAUUUUCCAAGAGGACGAGGGAGGUUUGUUGCACGCGACGGUCCGCUAGGGAGGCGGGGACCGAGCUACGACGCUGUUCGGAGUUGGCGGGUUUUGUUUUCUUAAAAAAAAAAAAAAAAGGCGUGUGGGGGGGAAACAAAGUCUUAAAAAAAAAAAAGGGAUACAUCAAACAGAUUCUCCGUUUUUGUAUGCCGGAUGCUGCAUGAGUCUGAAACACCAAUAAACGGACACUGCAUGAGACUCGC